GUUUUUCUAAAAACAUGCACAUUUGUUAUGAAAAGUAAAGCAAUGCUUUGGAUACUAUAACUGCACUAUACACUACAGUAUUGGUGAGAGGAUACUUGUCAAACUAAGGUGUUUCAGUUCACAAUUAUCAAGCAACCAAAGUUGAAGGAUGUCAUCGACAAGGCAUAGCAGAAGACUGAAACGUGAGGCAAACAGUCCAUUACCAGAGCCAAAUCACCACAAGAAACUCCCUAGAGGUGAUGAUCUGCCUAGUGUUCCUUCUCGAGGAUCAAAGCCCAAGCCUUCUUCAACAACUACAAAAUCAUCAAAACCUCAGGCAACAGAUCCUCCAGCUAUAAAAUCAAAACAUUUUUUAAAAGGAUCAAAAAUUAAAAGUAACACGAGCCAUGAUGAAGUGGACUCAGGAUGUAACAUAAAUGCUGACCAUAUUAAAGAUAAUUCUUGGAGUAAAGUAAAUACUGUGGAAUCAAAGAUGUCUCCAUCAUCAAAACUUUCAUCAUUAAAACGCAAUGAAUCCUUUCAUGAGCCAGCAAGGUCAAAACAUUCAAGCAAAAAAUUAUUUCCUUCGGGUACAAAAGUUGAAAAUUCUGCAACAACCUGUACAACAGAUAGAGUCAACAAAACUGAUGCAAGAUCAAGAUCCAAGAAAUGUAACACUAGAAAGGGUAAACCAGAAAAAGUUUCAAAGUAUUUUAAAGAUGGAGCUAGUGAUGAUGACUUUGAUUCAUUUAACAAAACUACAAAGUCUAAAUUAAAAUCAAAUCAAGAACAGAAGUCAAAAGGAACAACCAAGAUUUCAAAGAAUAAAAAAUCUAAUUCAGUUAAUCAGAAAUCUGACAUUUUAACGAAAUCUACAUCAGACAAACAGACAAUAGAUCAACACAGAACUAAUGAAAACCUCUCAAAAAGCCUUGUGAAAACAAACGUUAAAUCUGAAAAACACAAUCAUCUUAAACCUGAAAAGAGGAAAAUUGAUGUCAAAAAUACCAAGAACAGUCAAGUAAAAGUAAAACCAGACAAACACAUGAAACCAAAAAUCAAAAAGGACAAUCCAGAGAGUCCAAAAUCUCAUAAAAAUCAAUUGGAAAAAUCCUCAGUGAAAAAAGAAUAUGUGGUGCCUCAUAGUUCAGCAAAGUUUGAUGCCUCAGAUGUGAUGAGUGUUCUUUUGCACCAUGAGAUGGGUGGCAUGUACAGUCAGAGUCAGAGCAGUGAGAACUCUAGUCAGAUGUCUAGAGGGUUCAGCAGUGCAAGUUGCAGUCAGACGGAUACUACUGAGACUGAGAGUCAAGAUGAUAUAGAAGAGAUGGACAGUGAUGAAGACAGUGAUUCUGAUACUUGGGAAGAUGUCAAAGAUAUAGCAUCAUUACAUGGCAGUCCUGUUAAAAGUCAACCUGAGGUGAAAGGUGUAGAAAUCACACUUCAGGGACCUGACAUUAUGAACAAAAGGAAAAAGAAAAAGUUUGAUUUACAACUUUACUUGAAGAGAAAGUGGAAUCGUUUUCAUAAGGAACUCCAAAUUGAUAUACACAAGGCUCAUUUGUUAUGUUUGAUAGCUAAUGGACUGUAUCGUAACAGGAUGUGUAAUGAGCCUUCCCUUCAUGCAAUAGCGCUGUCUGUUAUCCCGAACAAUGUCCCCUGGCAGAGAGGCUCCACUUGUAAUCUAAGCCAAUGUAUCAAAUGGUUUAUGACGACAUUCACAGUCAAGCAAGGCCAUACUAUUAACUCUAAAGACCUCUUAGAUUACCUCAUAGCGAAAGGAUUUGAAUCUAAAGUUGUAAGCAGUAAAAUAGAUUUAGUGCAUCUUUUUGUGAUAUUUCUAAGGAGUCUUGGGUUUGAGGUUCGCUUGGUUUUAUCUUUGCAGCCUCUUCCGUGGAAAAACACAAAGAACAAGUCACCAACAAGGAAGCCAAAAUCUGAUAAACAAACCAUAUCUAAACAAGGUUCAACCAAAAAGAAUAACACUUCUAAAUCUGACUCAGCAUCUGAAACUUGCAAACCUACAAAGAAAUCAAAGCCAAGUAAAAAGCAAGAAAAAAGCAGAGAGCAUAAGCCUUUGUUGACUAAAAACAAGCAACCAAGAAAAUGUGCAUCAAAGUCUAAACCCAUUGUUGAGGUGGACAGUGAUGCGGAUUUAAGUAGCGACUCUGGAGAUGAACGAUCAUCCAAACGAAAAAAAGUUGCAAAGAAACGUGUGCACAAAGAUGCUGUUCAAGAUACAAACUCUGACUCUGAGUUUGAAGAGAUGGAGAAAAAUUUCAGAAUUAGUCCUGUAGCUGUGACGAAAAAACCAUCAUCAAAACCAGAGAAGAUUAUAUCAUCAGACUCAGAAAACAGUCUUAAUGGCGUAAAUGGAAAAACAGGUACAGAUGUUUGGCUGGAAGUUUACAUAGAAUCUGAGAGAAAAUGGAAAUGUAUUGACUGUUUCCAUGGAGAUAUAGGACGACCAGAAAAGAUGGAGGAAAGAGCUACAAAACCUGUAGUCUACGUCAUAGGCAUUGAUAAUGAUAGCAAAAUAAAGGAUUUGAGUCAGAAGUAUGCAACAAAUUGGAUGUCACAUACCCGCAAACUCUGUGUCAGCGAGGAAUGGUGGGUAGAAACACUCGAGCCAUUCAAACCAACCAAUAAGAGCAGAGAUAACGCAGAGGAUAAUAUAAUCAGAAUGAAUUUUGUGAAACAACCACUUCCAACAUCCAUUGGUGAAUUCAAGAAUCACCCAUUGUAUGCACUCAAGCGCCACCUAUUGAAAUUUGAGGCGAUAUAUCCAGAAUCUUCCGUUCCAGUUGGUUUCAUCCGGGGGGAACCAGUUUAUGCCAGAGAGUGUGUGCAUCAGUUGCAUGCAAGAGAGGCCUGGAUCAAGGAGGCCAGGAGUGUCAGAGUUGGUGAGGUCCCAUACAAAAUGGUCAAGAAGCGUGUAAAUCCGCGGAAGCGUGCAUCUAUACUGGAUAAUGGAGAAGACACACCGGAGCUCCCUCUAUAUGGACUUUGGCAGACGGAGGAAUACAUGCCGCCGCCUGCUUUUGAUGGUAAGGUUCCCAAGAAUGAAUAUGGAAAUGUUGAGAUGUUUAAACCAUCCAUGUUGCCAAUAGGUACUGUCCAUCUACGUUUAGCGAACCUCAACAAGAUUGCGAAGAAGUUAGACAUUGAUAUAGCUGCUGCUAUGACUGGUUGGGACUUUCACGGGGGCUGGUCACACCCCAUCCUUGAUGGUUGGAUAGUAUGUGAGGAGCACAAAGAUAUCUUGUUAGCUGCUUGGGAUGAACAGCAAGAAAUAGAGCGGGAAAAGGAAAGGAAAAAGAGACAAGAUCGGGUCUUGAAGAACUGGAAGCUGCUCAUAAAGGGGAUGUUGAUCAAAGAAAAACUAAAGAAAAGAUUCGAUCUUGAGGAGAAAGAUCCAACAAAUGAUCAGUCACCUACAAAAACAAGUGAUACAAGCAAAAGUAAACCUGGUGCUAAACCUCCCUCAGGGGAAACUCAGGAAGCCACUGAUGCUCAAAAAUCAUGGCCUAGAAACAUUAUGAGAGAAAAAGAGAAAUCUGUGAAUAAAAAGAAAACUUCUAAGGUUGAUCAAAGUCAUUUGUUUCCAUUUGAAAAAAUGUGACAACAUAUUCAUAGAGAUAGAGAUCCAGUUUGAUGUUUCAUGACAGGAAGACCAUGUGAAAUAUACAUGAAAAAUGAUUUUGUGCUGUAUUUAACUCAGAUUCUUUAUAUUGACAUCUUGAUCAAUAGAUAUUUAUCUAGAGUAGACCUUGACAAAGAAAUCAUUACUAAACAUAGUAUAUGCAACUAAUAGCCCUGGAGUAGUUAAUGUUUUUUGCAGAACAAGAAUGAAGAAAAUAAAGACUUCUGGUAAAUCAUUGCUAUGGGAUAGUUGGAAUACACUCACUUCCAAUAAUUAAUACACAUUUAUGCCAAAAAAGAGAUUAAUAGACCAGUAAAUCAUGUCAUGUUUUGGUUAUGUUACUUUCUCAGACAAUAAAGUUAUUGCUAAUGGAAGAGUUAUAUCAAUUUUGUUUACAUACAUUGCACCGAUGUCAUGGUAACUACAUGUUUGACAACCCCUCAUGAACAAAAACAAAAUAAAAUGUUGAGUGAUGUAAAAUUUAUUUACAGUUUUAAUCCAUCGUAUCCUUUGUUAAUGAUAUAUUGAAUGUGAUUGUAAAGUUAAUGUACAUUUGUAAUGCCUGCUGAUUGUAAAAUGCUGCAAAUUGCACAAAUCAGGUCACAUAUUAAUAAUAACAAUAAGCUAUUAAUUUAUGCAUAACUGAGACUCUUUUAUGAAGUCUAGCCAUGUUUGUAGUAUUGAGAUAUUUGCUUUGACUAGUAGUUACAUGUAUAUUUUUGAUAUUCUGUUGAACUCAAAACAAAAACAUUAGGUUUAUAUUAACAUGUCAUCAGUCAGCCGAGUUUUUUUAAAACACUGUACAAGAAAUAAUUUUACCAUGAGAAAUAUUUCCUAAUGCAGACAACAGUAAAAACAUGUAAAACAUCAGCAAAUUAAAGAUUUCAAUAAAAUUUAUUUUCAUCACCUUAAAUUUUGGACAAAAACGAUAAAAUUUCAUCCUGGGAAAAUUAUCACUUGUUCAGUAUAUCAAACAAUAUACACAAAAUUACAAUUACAUGACAAUGGCCCCUCCACCAACAGAAUAAGAUUGUGCAAUAUUUUAGUUGAAAAAGUUACAAUUAGAAUUUGGCAAACCUUAUUCAACUAGAACAUGUAUGUUCUAUAAAUGGAAUAUGUUUUGGUAAAAAAUUCACAAUACAUACAUUUAUAUAGUACAAUUUACUGAAACCCUAGUUAAUUUUAAUUAAUUAGAUUUUAAACACUAUUAAAAUAAUCUGACAAUUUUGGGACUGAUAAUAUUUAGAAUUAAUACAGGAUUGAUAAUAUUAAGGAUAAUGUUUGGGAAUGAUGGUAGUGAAUAGUAG